AUGCGCCCCCUGCAGGUCACAGUGGUCCCAUGUGGAGCCAGUGUGCGCCCCCUGCAGGUCACAGUGGUCCCAUGUGGAGCCAGUGUGCGCCCCCUGCAGGUCACAGUGGUCCCAUGUGGAGCCAGUGUGCGCCCCCUGCAGGUCACAGUGGUCCCAUGUGGAGCCAGUGUGCGCCCCCUGCAGGUCACAGUGGUCCCAUGUGGAGCCAGUGUGCGCCCCCUGCAGGUCACAGUGGUCCCAUGUGGAGCCAGUGUGCGCCCCCUGCAGGUCACAGUGGUCCCAUGUGGAGCCAGUGUGCGCCCCCUGCAGGUGACAGUGGUCCCAUGUGGAGCCAGUGUGCGCCCCCUGCAGGUGACAGUGGUCCCAUGUGGAGCCAGUGUGCGCCCCCUGCAGGUCACAGUGGUCCCAUGUGGAGCCAGUAUGCGCCCCCUGCAGGUCACAGUGGUCCCAUGUGGAGCCAGUGUGCGCCCCCUGCAGGUCACAGUGGUCCCAUGUGGAGCCAGUGUGCGCCCCCUGCAGGUGACAGUGGUCCCAUGUGGAGCCAGUGUGCGCCCCCUGCAGGUGACAGUGGUCCCAUGUGGAGCCAGUGUGCGCCCCCUGCAGGUCACAGUGGUCCCAUGUGGAGCCAGUAUGCGCCCCCUGCAGGUCACAGUGGUCCCAUGUGGAGCCAGUGUGCGCCCCCUGCAGGUCACAGUGGUCCCAUGUGGAGAUGUGUCGGAGGUCAGCAUGAAAGGAGGGGCUGGUCGGGGAGGGGCGGGGCCUGGCUCAGCGGUUUGGUGUGAUGGUGAAGAGAGUGGACGUCCAAUGGGUCUGCAACACCGCCGACUCCACGUCAUGUGA